AUGUGGAGACGAACGUAUUUGCUGCUCCUGGUGAUCCGUGUGUACUUCGCGCUGUCCCCAAGUUAUCUUCAUCCCGAUGAGAAUUUCCAGGGUCCCGAGGUGGUUGCAGGUCGCCUUCUCUCCUAUCCCGCCAAACUUCCGUGGGAAUUCACCGUCGAGAAGCCCAUUCGCAGUGCCUUCCCCCUAUGGCCGACCUACGACGUCCCGAUCAGCCUUCUGAAAUGGUUCUACACCGAAACGGGGACCGAAGCCCCCCCGCCCGAACUAGUCUACUACGUCUUGCGAGGGGUCAUGUUCCUCCUUAGUUUUGUUUUGGAGGACUGGGCUAUUUACGAACUGGUUCCCUUUCCGCGCCAUCGCCGCGCGGCGGUGGUGCUGGUCGCAUCCUCCUAUGUCACCUGGACAUAUCAGACGCACACCUUCUCCAACUCCCUGGAGACGCUGCUGGUCGCCUGGGGCCUCGUCCUCAUUCGCCGCGUUAUUGAGAAUAAGCGUCGCUCAUCGGUCUUCUCCUGCGCCGUCCUGUCCUUCAUCGCCGUCGCGGGGGUCUUCAACCGCAUCACCUUCCCCGCCUUCCUCGCUAUACCGGGGCUGCAGUUGCUUCCUCAUUUUUGGCGCAAACCGGUUGCCUUGAUCUCCUUCGUUGGAUUUGGGCUAUUAUUUUUCAGCAUCGCCGUCUACGUGGACACCGCUUUUUACAGGCCAGCUGCGUCCUUCGGAGACAUCCUACGCGCGCCUAUCAUUACCCCCAUCAACAAUCUACUCUACAACUCCGAUAGUUCCAACUUGGCAUUGCAUGGACUCCACCCUCAUUAUCAACACUUCCUAGCCAAUCUGCCACAGCUUCUCGGUCCGGCAUAUGUGAUGAUGGUCCUGUCCUUUUGGAGUCUCCCCACUAUUCCGUCUUGGUUGAAGGAUAUACGCGCCAUUUCUGCCCUAUCAGCAACUAUGCUGUUGUCGGCUUUUCCCCACCAAGAGCCUCGAUUCUUAAUCCCAUGUGUGCCUCUGCUCCUCAGUUGUUUUCGGCUUCGCAAGUCCCGCCUAUUUCUAGCUGCUUGGGUCGUGUUCAAUGCCGUCCUCGGUUUCCUGAUGGGGGUCUAUCAUCAAGGCGGCAUCGUACCCGCCCAGAUUGCCAUCCCUUCGAUUGUCUCGGUGAAUGCAGCCGUAGCGAGCAAUGCUCCGUCGGAGCCUCUUCGUGUCUCCGCGGCCGUGUUCUGGUGGAAAACUUACUCGCCGCCACUGUGGCUAUUGGGUGACAACACUCACCCGUCUGUGGAUCUGGAAACCCGUGACUUGAUGGGUAUGUCUGGGCCGGAAAUGAUUGAGGAGCUGGGGCGGUCCCUGCAAUCCUGUCCACCGGGUGACGAAGGCACCCAGAAGUCAGAUGCGGACCAAGCGAGGCACGUCGACUUGGUCUUCAUGGUGGCCCCCAAGUCUGCCACAUUUCUUGAUGCGUACGCCGGUUCGUCAAAGGCUUCCGCCGAUCGCGCAGAUCUAGAACUCCACGAACUGUGGUCAUAUAGGAAGCAUAUCAACCUGGAUGACCUGGACUUUGGCGGCGACGGCAUCAUUCCGACAUUGCAACGGGUGAUUGGCAGACGCGGACUAGCUGUCUGGGCCGUUCGGAGAGCUUGCAAUCGCGUGCCCUCCAUCAGCUGA